UUCUAAUGCAGUCUCUGUACAAAAGGAGAAUCUGGUGAGAAUCAGCUUAGUGUUUUUUUUACAACGGGGAGAAGACGAUGAUACUUUCCAGCUUCAAAAGCUUCUUUAUUUAUUAUUAUUUGAGCUCCUUAUUCUACCCAAGCAAUGGUUUUGAGGUGAUCCAGCCACAGAAUAAGACUAAUAACCCAGAUACAGUUUUCAUCAGCUGUACCUUUACAGCAAACACUGGGACAAUUGUAGAUGUUCGACUCAACAAGGUUUUACCAGAGAAAAAGAUGCUCUGCCAGACUGAAUCUGAAGCCUGUCAUAACAUUAUCGUACUUAAAGACGCUCCAUUCAAGUACAUUUUCAUCUUACUCAAUGCUGGGCCAGAGGCAUGGACCUCAAAGUAUGAAUGUGAGUGGUCAGCAACAAAUAAGGAUGGGACGGACAAAACCGUGACAACUGCAGCAAACAAAUUAAUUAAACUGCAACUACAAGGUCAACUGGAAACCACACCACAGUGUACUCCUCCCCCUUCACCUCCUCCCCCUCAGUCCCAUCAGCUCAUGUGGAUUUUGAUUGGUCUGCUGGCCCUGAUGUUUGUGUACAGCUGUAUCAUCACCUCCUUCUACAUGAGGCUUAUGAACAGCAGCAAAGAUUGCGAAAACUCCACCUAUGUUGAAAUGAGGAACGUUCCAGUUCAGCUGCAUCCUCACCACAUUUACAAUACUAUGCAAAAGGCUUGAGCUGCCCCUCAUUUCUUUAUAUCUUAUUAGGAAAAUGGGUAAUAGGUUCAACAAUGUCUUAAAACAUGUAAAAAUACAUGGAAAUACAGUAUCUGCAGUAAAUACAACUGUGUGCACAAAUGCAUAAACAGAGUCUGCACAAUUCUAAGGAACUUUAAAUAUUUCAUAUGACCAAACUUAUUCUUCUACAUAGCCUGAACUCUCAUGGGCAAGAUUGCUUAUAAUGUCUGUUAGUAGUUUUCAGGGCAGGGGGGGGGGGCUGGCUGCCUUUAUUCCAUUUUCCAUGAAGCUGGUGUCGAGGCCCAGACCAUGACUAACAGUUUUCUACCCAGAUAUGUUUUUUUUCUCAAUCCAUACGACCUGUUGACACUGACUGAAUAGACUGUAAAGUCGGCAUUGAUUAAAGUAUGACUUUGAAAGAGCUUUAGAAACCUUAGAGAACUGCUGAUCAUGACCAGUUUAAAAUGUUACAAGAAAGUUCAGCUCCUUAGAAGCAAAAUAUAAAGAAUUGAGGGUCGCUCAAGACUUUUGCACAGUACUGUAGCUCACUCAUCUGUCUUCAGUAUCUUCAAAAAGAAAACGUGAACAGCUCAUAUUGUGCUCUCAACAUUUGGUUCUUCAGUAUUUGACAGUUCAUUAAGUUGUAUUGUGCAAUAGCAGAAAACCUGUGUAGUACUGAAGUAAAGAGGGGGGUGAACUGACCUCUUAAAGGCACAUGGUUUUAUUGACCUAUAAUAUGAUCCAUUAGUUUAAUCUUUUUAAAGUCUUACUUUAUUAAAAGAAUGUCAGCUAUUGAUUUGAUGUAAUUCCUCAAAAUAGUAAGUGUGGAUUGUACAUGUAGCAUCGUGGUUGGAUUUUGUCUCUGACAUGUUGAAACCUCAUGAUUCUUCCCAGCUCUUAGGUCUUCAGGUCAGAGGUCACGGUUGGUCCUACGUACCAAACUUGUGGGGAUCCGGCUUUUCACGCACCAAAGCUGUGGUAUUCUCUUCCAUUGUCUUUACGCCGUGCAGACCCCACUGACUCAUUCAAAAAGCAGCUGAAGACAUUUCUAUACAAACAAGUUUUUAACUAAUU